AUGGAAUCGCGACCGAGAAGGCGGCGCCCGAUCAGGCGCUCGCCGCCGCCGCCACCUGGAGAUGUUGGCGGAGAUGAUGCCCGCAUCAGCGCCCUCGGCGACGACACGCUCGUCGAGAUCCUCGCCCGCCUGCGCUGCACCCGCGCCGCCGCGCGGACGAGCCUCCUCUCGCGCCGGUGGCGGAACCUCUGGACGCGCCUCCCGGAUCUCACCUUCCGCGGCCUGGCCGCCGACGAGGUCGGCGCGGCGCUCUCCCUAGUCCCCUGCGCCGCCGCCGCCGCCUCCCUCCUCGACAUCCGCCUCGAGGCGCCCUCGCCGCUGAAGGUGGGCUCGGACAAGGUCCACGCCGCCCGCGCCAGGUCGGUCCUGCGAGCCGCCGCGCGGCUCUCCCCGCGGGAGCUCGUCUUCGUCGUCUUCCCAUGGUGUCACCGUCACGACAUCAGAGGAGCCCAGCUCGUGCUGCCGGCCUGCCUCCGCCGCGCCACCUCCAUCGAGCUCGACACGCUGCUGCUCCGCCUCAAGCCGCCGCCCCCCAGCGGCGACCUCCCGGCCCUCGAGCGGCUGUCCCUCGCCGGCAAGAUCGUCGGCAUCGUUGACUUCCUCGACCGCUGCCCUUGCCUCCGCGAGCUCAGUGUCACCUUCCGCGCCGUCUCGCUGGCCGCGGCCGAAGCAGAGCUCGCCGCAAUCGAAGCGCGCCGCGGCCGCGACGCCUUCGCGAGGACAACAGUCGAUUAUCCCCGCUUCUCCGCGCCGCCGCAGGAGCUCGUCUUCCGCCACGGCUCCUGCACGUCCCACGACCUCCCCUGCUUCCCCGAGGCCACCUCGAUCGAGCUGAGCUUAUACGGAGCCCAUCUCAAACUGCGGCCGGCCGGCGAGUUCUCGGCGCUCGAGACGCUGACCAUCUGGUGCUGCUCUUCCUCGCUUGCAAAAAUAGUCAGCCGCUGCCCUCGGCUUCGCGUGCUCAGGGUGACCAACUCCAUUAUAAACGACAGUAUCAGGAUCAGCUCAGCGUCGCUGCAGGAGCUUGACGUGACUGCUCGAGAUGAUGGAACUGGCGGCAGAGCAUGGUACUACAUCGACAUCGUGACCCCCGUGCUCAAGACUUUGAAACUGAACUUACGGGCCAACCAGGACAUGAGCGUGUCCAUCUCGGCGCCAAUGUUGGGCAAGGUCUCGUGGUGUCAAUUUUAUACGGACAGAGCUCUUGUGUUUGGUUCUUGGCGCCUGGGGCAAACCAGCUUGGAGACGGUAGAGAGCUCAUCUGGACAAGACAACAGCGGAUGCUCGCUCCUUCAUGUCCUGCGCCUGGACAUGUCUGCAGAGGUGAGAGGAGCAUGUCCAGAAAAUUGUUGUCAUUCCGAUGAGUCCAACAUUCUGUAGAGCCAAAGUAUAUUGUUGACUCAUCUGGAAGAAGUUGAAAUCGACGGCUUCGAAGGAGGGGAUUGUGAGCUUGAUUUCUUGACACAUAUACUCGGAUGCACGCCGAUGCUUAAAAGGAUGACCGUGAAACUGUCGCCUGAGCACCUAAUCAGCCAUAGGUGUUGCACCACGAAAAGCUGCAACAUUUUGUUAGCAUAUCCUUCAGUGACUUUCUAUGUUUAUCGCAACUCCGGUGAACUAGUUCCUCAUACCUGCAUUCAGUCAGCUUGACUCUACAUGCAAGAAUGUUUUUCUUAGAGAGAAAUGCUACUAUAUU